AUGAAAGAAGCCCAGUUGAUUUUUGAUCAAAUUAGGAAGUGGGGUUUGAGGCCUAGUGAUGUUAGUUUCAAUACAUUGAUAAAUGGUUACUGUAAAUUGGGAAAUUUGGAGGAAUGGUUUAGGUUAAAAAGGGUUAUGGAGGACAUAAAUGUUUCUCCUGAUGCCUAUACUUACAUUAUCUUGAUUAAUGGAUUUUGCAAGGAUAGUAGGUUAGAUGAUGCAAACCAACUACUUGAUGAAAUGUGUGACAGGGGAUUGGUGCCAAAUGAUGUUAUUUUUACUAAUUUAAUUGAUGGGAACUGCAGGCAUGGAAGGGUUGGCUUUGUUGUGGAAAUGUAUGAUAAGAUGUUGAGAAAAGGUGUGAAACCUGAUUUAAUUAUAUACAACACCCUUCUCAAUGGCCUAUGCAAGAAUGGACAGUUGAGUGAUGUGGCCCGAUGA